UCUAAAGCGAGAUGGGUGCGUCCAGAUCGCCAUCCCGCCCCGACCUCAAGAGCUAGAAUCGAUGCAAGCCGAUCCGGUGGAUUACAUGGCACGAGCGCAGUGGCUCCGGGCCGUGGUGCUCGGCGCCAACGACGGCCUCGUUUCCGUCGCCUCCUUGAUGGUGGGGGUGGGCGCGGUGGGCCAAAGCUCCAAGGCCAUGCUGGUGUCCGGCCUGGCCGGCCUCGUAGCGGGCGCCUGCAGCAUGGCCAUCGGCGAGUUCGUCUCCGUCUACGCGCAGUACGACAUCGAGGUGGCGGAGCGGGAGAGGCGACGCCGAGACUGCGGGAGCGAGAAGGAGGGCGUCAAGGAGGAGGAGGAGGAGGAGGAGGAGGGGAGCCUGCCAAACCCACUGCUGGCGGCGGCUGCCUCGGCGCUGGCGUUCUCGCUGGGGGCGGUGCUGCCUCUGUUGGCAGGAGCGUUCAUCAUGUCAGGGGAGGUCAGAGUUGGGGUGGUGUGUGCGGUGAGCAGCCUGGGCUUGGCUGGAUUUGGUGCGGCAGGAGCUGUGUUGGGUGGUGCUAAUGUGCCCAAUUCUGUACUCAGACUGUUGAUCGGAGGCUGGUUGGCCAUGUUGGUCACUUAUGGUGUGCUGAGAGUCUCUGGGCUUGUAUUUGGCAUGCACGUCUCCUCAGCUUAG